AUGCAGUCCUCUCGGGGGGCUGGUGGAAAAGAGGAUGAAGAAGUGGAAGUUUAUAUACAGGAGACCUCAGAAGUCUUCCUGACCAAUGAGAGACCCCAGCAGGAGUUCACAGGUCGAUUUGAAUGCAGCGUGUCUUCGUUGCGCUGGGUUUGUAAGGAAAAGGUCAGCCUCCAAUACCAGUUCUGCUCAUGGGAGGAACACAGGCACAGGCCUUCAUGCAAAGAUUACAUACCAGCAGGACCACUAAUGGACAUCACAGUCACAGCUGGGAAGUUAGAGGAGGUGCAACUGCCACAUUGGAUUGAUCACAACCCCAAAAUGCCACACAGCUUUGCAGUUCUACAUGUGAAAUCCUGUGGAGAUUCUGUGGAACGAGUGUCUGAAGUGACAUCGUCCCACGUCAAGUUGCUGCAGCCCACUUUCUCACCAAUUGGUGUCAUGAUCCAGCAGUUUUUUGGCUUCCCUGUGAACGUUUUCUAUGACGUGUUGAUGUACAAGAAAAUCCAAACUGCCCUCAAACUGCAUGUUUACCUGGUGCCACCUGAUCCUGCUCUGCAAAAGGCAGUGGAAAAAGAGCAAAACUCUGUUGGAUCAAUUAAACUGCUAAAACCAGGCCCAGACAAGUCCAUGGUAUUAGGAGAUAACUUAUCGCUGAAAACAGACAAGGCGGGUGCACACAUUCAACCCAGGACACGAGAGCUCCGAUACGAUAGCAGAAAUUUAUUUGAGGUGUUCCUCAGAAAUGCAGACGGUGACUUCACCCUCAAGCUUAAAAGUGAGCAAAACACUAUCUGGAGCUGUUCUAUUUUCAAAGAAGACUACCAAACUCAAAGCACUGGUCAUAAACAAGGUCAGCAUUUCGUGGCUCAACAUCGGAGAGCUCUGAUUAACAGAGUGAGUGUAACAGCCCCCAUCCUGGACGAGCUCGUGGAGAGGGAGUUGAUCUCAAAGGAGACCUACAAUGAUGUCAAAGCCUUAGCAACCACACAAGACCAGAUGAGGAAAAUUCUGGCGGUUUUGAACACCGCAAUAGCAAAAGACGGCCUCUAUAAAAUCCUGAAAGGGAUGACGGGUACAGAGCACCUUAUCAGUGAGCUUGAGGCAUCUGGAUAAAGAAGCCAAAAGUAGUAAAAAGUGCUGCAGCUUUGGACACUAUAGUGCCCCUUUACGACCAAAGCAGUUUCAGGGCCGGUUCGGAGCCGGUGCUAGUGCUGGUUCACAACUGUUUGCUUCUCCACAGGCUCUAGAGCCACGUCAUUACGUCACUGUUAGCGUCUGCGUAUGUCUCCACCCUCUCAGCAAGUACAAUAACAGUCAACGGUCUCUACAACACAUCUGUGCUGCUCUUCUUCAUCCCUCAGACGCCAAAUACAUUCUGAUUAACACUGAACAUAAGAUGUUAAUGUUGGACUUGUUGUAAGCUAACACUAGCCCGCUAACGUUAGCACACUAUGGAUCGCCGGCUACGGUUAGCACCCGAGCAACCGUCCGCUAACGUUAGCACGCUAGCUCACACGUAUCAAUCACAUUUCAGUUAAACAAAUCAAUAAUAAAUGAUAUAUGUUUUUGUUGGUCUCUCACAUAGACUGUAUAUAAAUAAUGGACGUAGUCACCGUGACGUCACCCAUUGGGUGCCCGGUGGGGAUUGACGCCGGGCAGAGGACAAAGCAAAACCGUGGCGGAGCUGGUCCGUGGCCGUUCCACGCCCGGUGGAAAUCCUCAGUAACAGUGAAAGACGCCAAGCUCUACGUCUCAAACUAGACUUUUCUCCUCUGUAGUUCCCCCAAACUCAGUAAGUGAGGCAUAAGACUAAGUCUCAGUUGCUUUGUAUAAAAGCGUCUGCUAAAUUACAUUGUUAUAUUGUAACAAAAUUUAUUUUUAUAAUUUCGUUUUUUUUCAAUACUUUCUUUCAUGUAAAUAUUCAUGUUUUACAUCCAACAAGAUGUGUCAAACAAACCCAAUGCAAUUGUAAAGAGAAGAGCACCUUUGGUGCAUUUUGCAGGAUGCAGAUUCUGUUGUAUAAAUGUUUUAAACAUAUGUGGCAGUUCUAAAGCUUGAAAAAGCAAAUAUGUCAUUAAACAAUGUAAGUAUGUGAGGAAGAACACUGUAAUGUGCUGGACUAAAGACUUUGAAAAUGUGAGAUAUUUUAUGAUUAAUGACGAGAUUGAAUCUUUGUUUGUUUUAGUCUAUUUUGUGUGUUUUUUCAACAGAUUUCAUUCAGAGUUUUACAUUAAAUGGGUGAAUUAUUUUUAUCAUGUGCCAUUGCCAAUUGUGACAUUUUCACCAUUUUUACUCGACAAUUGUCAAUGAAAGAUUUGUUUUUACAUUAUUAAACUAAUUGUUAUUAAAGACAAAUCUGUGAUAUUGUAAUGGUUCACACAUUCACACUAAAAUCAAGAUUGUGUGGUUCAUACCAAAGCCCAUUUCCGCCAGUUAUACAAAAUAAAAAUGAAAACUUGUCUUUUUUUUGUUUUGUUUUUGCCCACAUGAAAUUGAAAUUGU